CAGCUCUUUAGAAAUAUCUAUUAACUACCUUUACACAGAGUCUACUUUCUCACAGAAAGGACAGAGAUAUUAUCCACCAACACAAGCAGACAAUGGAAAACUGGCAUCUGAGAGAGUUCAGCCAUGUAAGGAGUUAACUGUUCCAGGGAGAGGGGAGGACCAUUUCAAUGUCACUUUGCUGAAAUGAAACUUAAGUAUACAGUGUAUUAUGAGCGGACCAAACUCUCUCCAGCUCUUCAGGAAUAUCUAUUAAAUACACUGAGUCUACUAUCUCACAGAAAAGACAGAGAUAUUACCCAGAAACACAUGCAGGUGAGUAGAUAGAUUAACAUGGCCAGAUAAAUUGAAGAUAAAGCUUAACCAUGCUUGAUGUGUGAAAAUCUUUUUUCUUUUCCAACAGUAUAUUAAAACUCUUUAUUCUCUGGUUAUGGAACUAUUUUCUAUUUUAUAUGGUAACAACUUGUGUCUAGAUUGGCUAGUAUCCGCCCAUAACGCAAUGUAGGAAACUCUAAAGCUAAAACUACAAUUUACUUGACUGAUUCUAGAUUAUACGUUUUUUACAGUUUGACUUUUUUUCUCUGUCUAUAUAUGGCGUCCUCCAGCAGUCCUGUAUGAAGAAAAGUUCCUGUGCUCUAUCUGUCCGGAUGUGUUCACUGAGGAAGGCUUAAGGUAUCAUUAAAGAGCUGGAGAAGGAAAUCACUGAGCUAAAGAGAAGAAGCAUUGACCUUGAGCAGCUCUCACACACUGAGGACCACCUAAACCUCCUCCAGAGCUUCCCAUCCCUGUGCAACCCUCCACUCACCAAGGACAGUGAUCUGUGUGUGGAGACUGUGAGGAGAGCUGUGUCUUGGCUAGAAGAGACAGUCAUGAGUGAGAUGAAGAGGUUGUGUGAUGCUGAGCUGAAGAGGAUUCAGCAGUAUGCAGUGGAUGUUACUUUGGACCCUGAUACCGCAAGCCCCUGGCUCAUACUGUCUAAGAAUGGGAAAGAAGUGAGAACUGGAGACAAAAAACAGGAUCUCCCUGAUAACCCAAAGAGGUUUGAUUCUGCCGUUAAUGUCUUGGGAAAAAAAGGCUUCUCCUCAGGGAGAUUCUACUAUGAGGUGACUGUUACAGGGAAGACUGAGUGGAAUUUAGGAGUGGCCAGAGAGUCUGUCAACAGAAAGGGGACUGUCACAUUGAGCCCUGAUAAUGGACGCUGGGCAGUGAUCCUGAGGGAUGGGAGUAAGUACAUAGCUUGUGCCCCGACCCGUGUCCACCUCUACCUGAGAGAGAAGCCCCAGAAGGUGGGGGUGUUUGUGGAUUAUGAGGAGGGGCAGGUUUCCUUUUAUGAUGUGGAGGCCAGGUCUCAUAUCUACUCUUUCACUGGCUACACCUUCACUGAGAAACUCUAUCCAUACUUCAGCCCUUUGCUCAAUUAUGGUGGUAAAAACUCUACUCCUCUAAUCAUCUCUCCUGUCAAUCACACAGAGUUUGAACCUGAAAUUAACUGACCUGUAAAAUAAGUACCUCAAUUAGAGAAUAUUUCACUGUAUUUUAUUAACUGAUGUUGUUUGUUAUCAGUAGCCGAUCUGUUUUUAAGUUUCCCAGUAAGAAAACCAAAAAUGUUGCUCAAACAGAAGGGGAAACUAACAAAGACAGGAAGCAAAAGAAAAUGGUGGAGCAAAACAGGUAAGAUCAGAUAAAGGAUUGUACUUUUAGAACUCAAAUGGGGAGCGCCAACGAAAGGUGUUAACCCUCUACAUCUCUCAAGACAAAUGGAGCACAGGGCCGGCCACUCUUAAAUAUCACCUGGGCCAGCACAGGUGAAACACCUUCCCACUAACGAGAUGGCAAACCAGCACAGGUGUAAUACAUAUUGACUAACGAGGUGACACCAAUCAGUGCACCACACGUGCUAACGUCUAACCUCUAAAUAUAAAUGGAAAACCAAAGCCUGUAACAUUGUCAGUCUGUUAGACAUGAGUAGUGCAGAAUGCAGCAGCAAUGUAACAUAGUCUACCUGUAUUACCAAAUCUCUCAGGCUCACAACAACGUAUGACUUCAUAUCUGGGAGAGAGAAUUCAGAGGAUGUUCUGAUUAUUGUCCCCCACAAUGAAAUCGGGGAGGGGACUUUGGAUCUGUCUCCGUCCGUUAGCACGUUCAUACGUUUGUCACGCGCGAUAUUUCAGACUGGAAUGGCCCAUUUUUUAUUAAACUUGGUUGUAUGAUGCGUCUUGCUAUAGAGAUCCGGCAUUUUCAAAAUGACACAGAUUGACCAGAUGGAGGCACUAUAACAAGCAAUUAAAAAUUAACAUUUUGAAUGGUCACGCACCUCACCCAGAAUGUCCAAAAGUCAUGAAAUUCGGUACAUCAGUCCCUCUCCUCACAAGGAACAAAUUUGCCUUAGGGAUCCAUAAGGUCCGCAAUGAUGGAUAUUCCACCAUAAAAAUACUUAAAACGCUACUCCUCUGGCACUGAAUGACCGAUCUAUAAAGAAACGUGAUAUGAGGCAUGUAUGGACAAAGGUCUCUCAAUGCCAUAUAUUCCAGACUGGUACCUAAAACAACAUGGCCGUAUUGGCCAGUAAACGUUCAUGUUGUCUGACACAUAAAUCAGUCACAUCUUUACUGUUGCAUUGUUUUUAUCAGAUAAUAUCAGCACUAUAUAUUUGUUUUACCUAGAUAGUAUAUGCACUGUUAAUCUCUGUUGAUCCUCAAAAGCUGUAAUGGACACUGAGUAACAUUCAGGAUGUCUAGAUAAUUAAAUCCAGUUGAAUAAUGAUAAAAGUGUUAUUCAGUCAUGUACAGAAAUAUAUGUGAUAUUGGGGUGUGUGUAAUGGUCUGUUUCUGUGGUUUUUUCUGACUCAUCACUAUAUUUACUUAUCAAAAGAUUUUCACUAACAAAUAAAGUCACAAGAUAUGGCA